UUCUCUUGUGCAUUGCAAAUUUCAAUGAUGUUUUGAAGUAGUUUUGGGAAAGUUUUAUCUGUUUUGAUAAAAAAAAAAUAAUCAUGAGCGAAAAUGUCGAAGGUAGGAAUUCGGAAGCGCUGGAACAUCGGCCUAGGGAUCAAAACGAGAACUCGGAUCAAGUGAAAAUAGAAAUAACACCCCCAGAGGAAGAAGACAGACCCACACGCAAACUGGUGGUGGUACCCGUAAAGGAGAAGAGAGUUUCCUACGCUGGCAUACCUGCACUGGAUGAAAUUUCAGAAGAUGGAUCAACUACGUCAUCGCGACAUGAUCGAAGUCGGAAAGUGUCUUUGUUUUCAAGUCAACUGACCCAACAGCAACAUCGAAAGCUCUCUUGCGAUCCGUUCUUGAUUGUGAAUCAGAGAAAAUAUUCGGACAUCUUAGCACCAAGCAGAAAAUUUUCAGGUAUAAAUAUUCCCCCGCCUCUCGUUAUACCAGGUCGCAAAGUUUCUAUUGAACCGUUAAAUCUUCCUGGAGUUGCAAAGAAAUAUUCAGUGAUUUCAAUUGGCUCGGACUUCGACUCUCAGGAAACUUUUGAAACUCUACCCCAUGCGGACCACUACCGCCAUGAUCUCUAUGAUGUUGUAGGGGAACUACGGCAGCGACCCACAUUGGACGAACUUCGCGACGACGAACGGAAAUCAGAACCUCGCACACCUCUUACACCCAAAAAGCUGUUUGAGGAGGAGCUGGAGGAUUCAGCACCUCCGCCUGUCCAGAAAAAGGAGUCGUCUGACGCCAAUAAGUUUGGAUGGAUUCAGGGUGUACUUGUACGAUGUCUUCUGAACAUUUUCGGUGUGAUGCUUUUCCUACGUUUGACCUGGAUAACUGGUCAAGCUGGGAUAGGACUGACCACUGUAAUCAUUUGCCUGUCUUCCUUAUUAACCACUAUCACUACUUUGUCCAUGUCUGCCAUUUGUACCAACGGAGAAGUCAAGGGAGGUGGAGCCUAUUACAUGAUUUCAAGAAGUCUUGGACCAGAGUUUGGUGGCUCAAUAGGAGUCGUAUUUUCCUUGGCAAACGCAAUAGGAGCUGCCAUGUAUAUAGUCGGAUUCGCAGAAACGGUUCAAGCGUUAAUGUUUGAUCAUGGUGCACAGAUAACAGGACAUGCACUGAACGAUGUACGUAUCAUUGGAUCCGCCACCAGUGUCUUACUGAUAGCAAUUGUUAUAAUUGGCAUGGACUGGGAGGCAAAGGCUCAGAUCGGUUUGUUGGUAAUCCUCACUAUUUCUAUCAUUAAUUAUUUUGUGGGAACGUUUAUACCACCAGAAGAAGAAAAACAGUGGAAAGGAAUCGUGGGAUACAAAGCUGAAGUUUUCUCAACAAACUUUGGUCCUGACUUUAAGAAUGGGGAAACAUUCUUCUCCGUUUUUGCCAUAUUUUUCCCGGCAGCUACUGGUAUUUUAGCUGGGGCCAACAUAUCUGGGGACUUGAAAGAUCCUCAAAGUGCCAUUCCUAAAGGGACAAUUCUAGCCAUCUUAAUCACGACCUUUGUGUACCUUGGUAUUGCGUGGACCAGCGGAUCGGUCAUAGUCCGUGAAGCUGUGGGGGGUCAGGUUUUGAAUGCUCUUUUAGAUCCCUCUACGAACACUUCCCUGGCCCCUACCUUGGAACUUGUACAGGAUUGUAAGAAAUUUAAUAUGACCUGCGAAGGAGGAUUACUACCAGACAAAGGGGCAAUAGGCAUAGCUUCCGCCUUUGAACCUCUCAUUUUGGCAGGAAUAUUUUCUGCAACGUUGUCUUCGGCACUUGCUAGUAUGGUUGGAGCACCAAAGGUUUUCCAGGCAUUAGGAAAAGACAGACUGUUUCCUCUUUUGCAUUUCUUUGCUAAAGGGUACGGUCAAGGCGAUGAACCGCGGCGGGGAUACAUCUUGACUUUCUUUAUUUGUGUGGCCAUGGUGUGUAUAGGGGAAUUGGAUUUGAUUGCGCCUAUUAUUUCAAACUUCUUCCUGAUGGCUUACGUUUUGAUUAACUACUCGUGUUUUGAUGCUUCGUUAGCCGACUCGCCUGGAUUCAGACCCAGCUUUAAAUAUUAUAACAAAUGGAUAAGCUUCAUUGGGGCCUUGCUUUGUUUAGCAGUAAUGUUCUUGAUAAACUGGUGGGCUGCCCUGAUUACUUUUCUGGUUGUCGGAGCUCUUUACCUCUACGUCCGAACUAAAAAGCCAGAUGUGAAUUGGGGAUCUUCAACACAGGCCCAUGUGUAUCGAGACGCACUACAAGGAACGUUACGUCUUGUAAAAGUAGAGGAACACGUGAAGAAUUUCAGACCACAGAUUCUGGUUUUAUCGGGCUAUCCAAGGAACCGACCAGCUUUAAUAGAUUUUGCUGCAAACAUUACAAAGAAACAAAGUCUCCUAAUUACUGGUCACGUGUUCACUGGAGAUAUGUCAGAUCAUGUGAAGAAUUUACGAUCACAUGGUGCCUAUAAGUGGUUUGAAAGUAGGAAAAUCAAAGCAUUUUAUAAUGCUGUGGUAACUCCGACGCUGCGAAUCGGAACUCAAGUUCUCCUACAGGCCCUUGGCAUUGGCAAACUCCGACCAAACACAUUAUUCUUGGGGUUUAAGUCUGAUUGGCAGAAGGCCGAACCUGAGGACCUAGAAGACUACUUUAAUAUUAUUCAGGACGCUUUUGAUCUGAAAUAUGGUGUAGGUAUAUUGCGAAUUCCUGACGGCUUUGAUAUUCAUAAAAUUCCUGACGAAGGUGAAGUAGACGAUGAUGACCCAGAUCUAGCAGAGAACGUCGAUAAUUCUGAUGAUGAAGAAGAUGAAUAUGAUGAGUCAACAAGCCAGCGAUCUCCAUCUUCACAUCCCGAUGAAAGGAAAUCAUCUGGUGGUUCUUACAACCUCAAAGAUAGUUCCAAAAAUGCCGGUGGAAUAAAACUGAAACGUUUGAACACCGUGGAGGAAGGAUCUGAAAACCAGGGAUACAUACCUGACACUCCAAAUGGCAACAUGGCAGUAGACCGACCCAAACUUAGUACCCUCUUAUCAACUGAAUCUACAGCCCCACUGACCUCCAGAUUUCAAGAGGUUCAGCAUGGCACCAUUGAUGUUUGGUGGCUCUUUGAUGAUGGAGGAUUAACUUUGUUGAUACCAUACAUCUUAUCCAAAAGAAAAGUUUGGAAAAAUUGCAAGCUGAGAAUUUUUUGUGCUGGAACAAAGAAGGGAAAUCAAUACCAGGAUGAAGUCAGGAUGUCAUCUUUGCUGGCGAAGUUUCGAAUAGAAUAUUCUCAGCUAACUGUGAUACCAGAUUUAUGGAAGAAGCCUUCUCUUACAAUGUACAAGGAAUUUGAAAGUAUAAUUCAUCAGCAGCGAAUCAGGCCUCACGAAUCCCCUGAUGAUUAUCCAUGGAAAAUUUCAGAUGGUGACCUUCUUGCAAAUAAACAAAAGAUCUACAGAAAUAUCAAAUUAAAGGAACAGCUACUAAUACAUUCUCCAGAGGCGUCACUUAUAGUCAUGACGCUUCCUGUUCCAAAACGAGAGGCGUGUCCAGCCACGCUAUACAUGGGUUGGUUAGAGAUGUUAUCACAUGGGUUACCUCCAAUGCUCUUUUUGAGAGGAAAUCAAGAAAAUGUGCUCACAUAUUACUCAUAAGUUGAAAUUCAAUGUAAAAAGUUAGUAAUAAGACCUUCCUUGUGGUAAGAAGUCGGAUGUUUACAAGUAUCUCAUUAUGCUUAUAUAUAUAUAUAUAUACAUAUACCUGCUGCUUCACAAAAAGAUGUUGUUGUCUGAUUAUUUAAUUCUGCAUAUAACCGCCCGAAUAAACUGAUGACAACAGUCUUAGUACAAAAUUACAAAGGCUUACAUCUUAACCAAUAAAAACAACAAAAUCGGCUCUUCCUUUAUUCCUUUAUUCUUUCAUAAUCUGACAUGAAAUGUUACAUUUAAUAUGUGCAUUUAUGGUUUCAUUUUAUUUCUUGUUUG